CCCGAUGACGGCAUCGGAGCGCGCCGCGCUGGGGCUCGGAGCCUGACUGCUCCGGGGGAACUGCGCUGACACCCAAGCAGGGCCGGGAGCAGGGUCUGGUGCUCCCUCCCUCAACAUGGGUCUGGAGGCCCAGAAGCUGCCAGGGGCCGAGGAGGCCCCCGUGAGGGUGGCCCUUCGAGUCCGCCCAUUGCUGCCCAAGGAGCUGCUGCAUGGGCACCAGAGCUGCCUGAGGGUGGAGCCGGGGCACGACCGUGUCACCCUGGGCCGAGACCGCCACUUCGGCUUCCAUGUGGUGCUGGAUGAGGACGCUGGGCAGGAGGCUGUGUACCAGGCCUGCGUGCAGCCCCUCCUCGAGGCUUUCUUUGAGGGCUUCAAUGCCACCGUCUUUGCCUAUGGUCAGACAGGCUCUGGAAAGACGUACACCAUGGGGGAGGCCAGUGUGGCCUCCCUCCACGAGGAUGAGCAGGGCAUCAUCCCACGGGCCAUGGCUGAGGCCUUCAAGCUGAUCGAUGAGAACGACCUGCUUGACUGUCUUGUGCAUGUGUCCUACCUGGAAGUGUACAAGGAGGAGUUCCGAGACCUGCUCGAGGUGGGCACCGCCAGCCGUGACAUCCAGCUUCGGGAAGAUGACCGCGGGAAUGUUGUGCUGUGUGGGGUGAAGGAGGUGGACGUGGAGGGCCUGGACGAGGUGCUGAGCCUCCUGGAAAUGGGCAACGCAGCGCGGCACACAGGGGCCACACACCUGAACCACGUCUCCAGCCGCUCACACACGGUCUUCACGGUGACCCUGGAGCAGCGGGGGCGCGCCCCCAGCCGCCUGCCCCGACCCGCCGCGGGCCAGCUGCUCCUCUCCAAGUUCCACUUCGUGGACCUGGCAGGCUCGGAGAGGGUGCUCAAGACGGGCAGCACAGGCGAGCGGCUCAAGGAGAGCAUCCAGAUCAACAGCAGCCUCCUGGCUCUGGGCAACGUCAUCAGCGCCCUGGGUGACCCCCAGCGCCGCGGCAGUUACAUCCCCUACCGGGAUUCCAAGAUCACCCGGAUCCUCAAAGACUCGCUGGGCGGGAAUGCCAAAACGGUGAUGAUCGCCUGCGUCAGCCCCUCCUCCUCCGACUUCGACGAGACCCUCAACACCCUCAAUUACGCCAGCCGCGCCCAGAACAUCCGCAACCGCGCCACCGUCAAUUGGCGGCCCGAGGCCGAGCGCGCGCCCGAGGAGGCGGCGGCCGGUGCGUACCGGGCCCGCACCGACGCCGCCUACAGCCUCCUGCGCGAGCUGCAGGCCGAGCCUGGGCUGCCCGGCGCCGCCGCCCGCAAGGUGCACGACUGGCUGUGCGCCGUCGAAGGCGAGCGGAGCGCCCUGAGCUCCGCCUCCGGGCCCGACAGCGGCAUUGAGAGCGCCUCCGCCGAGGAGCAGGCCGCGCAGGCGCCCGGCGCGCGAAAGGUGGCCAAGGGCCAGGAAGAUGAGGGGGCGCUGCAGCUGCUGGGCCUGCAGAGCCAGGUGGCCCGCCUGGAGGAGGAGAACAGAGAUUUUCUGGCUGCGCUGGAGGACGCCAUGGAGCAGUACAAACUGCAGAGCGACCGUCUGCGUGAGCAGCAGGAGGAGAUGGCGGAGCUGCGGCUGCGGCUAGAGCUGGUGCGCCCUGGCUGGGGAGCCCCAGGGCUCCUGCAGGGCGUGCCUCCUGGGUCCUUUGUGCCCCGGCCUCACACAGCCCCCCUGGGGGCUGCCCACACCCGUGUACUGGGCAUGGUGCCCCCUGCCUGCCUUCCUGAAGAUCAGGUUGGCCCUGAGAAUUGGGGAGAGGUGACAAAUGGCAGGGAAUCUGGAGCCAAGUUGCUGGCGGAGGUAGACAUGCUGGGAAGUGGCUCUUCAGCUGCCUCAGAGGAGGAGGAGGAGAAAGCAGAGGAGGAGGACCUGGCGCGGCGGACCCCGCACCUGCGCAGAAACAGGAUCAGCAAGUGGAGCCAGAGGACAGGGGCCCACCCGGGGAGUCCACCUGACAGGAAGGGUCCAGAGCUUCGCCUGGAGGAGCUGGGUGCAGCAAUCCCGGGGCCCAGAGCAGUUGGUGGAAGCAAGGCCCAGGCUCGGCGCUGCCAGGCCCCUGCUGCCAUGGCCUCUGAGUGGCGGCUGGCCCAAGCCCAGCAGAAGAUCCGGGAGCUGGCCAUCAACAUCCGCAUGAAGGAGGAGCUCAUUGGCGAGCUGGUCCGCACAGGGAAGGCAGCCCAGGCCCUGAACCGCCAGCACAGCCAGCGCAUCCGGGAGCUGGAGCAGGAGGCAGAACGGGUGCGGGCCGAGCUGAGCGAAGGCCAGAGGCAGCUGCGGGAGCUUGAGGGCAAGGAGCCCCAGGACGCUGGUGAGCGGUCCCAGCUCCAGGAGUUCCGCAAGAGGGUCGCUGCCGCCCAGAGCCAGGUGCAGGUGCUGAAGGAGAAGAAGCAGGCGACGGAGCGGCUGGUGUCGCUGUCUGCCCAGAGCGAGAAGCGGCUGCAGGAGCUCGAGAGGAACGUGCAGCUCAUGCGGCAGCAGCAGGGGCGGCUGCAGAGGCGGCUUCGAGAGGAGACGGAGCAGAAGCGGCGCCUGGAGACAGAGAUGAGCAAGCGGCAGCACCGCGUCAAGGAGCUGGAGCUGAAGCACGAGCAGCAGCAGAAGAUCCUGAAGAUCAAGACAGAAGAGAUUGCGGCAUUCCAGAGGAAGCGGCGCAGCGGCAGCAACGGCUCUGUCGUCAGCCUGGAGCAGCAGCAGAAGAUCGAGGAGCAGAAGAAGUGGCUGGACCAGGAGAUGGAGAAGGUCCUGCAGCAGCGGCGGGCCCUGGAGGAGCUGGGGGAGGAGCUCCACAAGCGGGAGGCCAUCCUGGCCAAGAAAGAGGCCCUGAUGCAGGAGAAGACAGGGCUGGAGAGCAAGCGCCUGCGGUCCAGCCAGGCCCUCACCGAGGACAUUGUGCGCGUGUCCAGCCGGCUGGAACACCUGGAGAAGGAGCUCUCCGAGAAGAGCGGGCAGCUGCGGCAGGGCAGUGCCCAGAGCCAGCAGCAGAUCCGUGGGGAGAUUGACACUCUGCGCCAGGAGAAGGACUUGCUGCUGAAGCAGCGCCUGGAGAUCGAUGGCAAGCUGAGGCAGGGCAGCCUGCUGUCGCCCGAGGAGGAGCGGACGCUGUUCCAGCUGGAUGAGGCCAUCGAGGCCCUGGACGCUGCCAUCGAGUACAAGAACGAGGCCAUCACGUGCCGCCAGCGGGUGCUGCGGGCCUCAGCCUCCUUGCUGUCCCAGUGCGAGAUGAACCUCAUGGCCAAGCUCAGCUACCUCUCAUCCUCCGAGACCAGAGCCCUGCUCUGCAAGUACUUUGACAAGGUGGUGACACUCCGAGAGGAGCAGCACCAGCAGCAGAUUGCCUUCUCGGAGCUGGAGAUGCAGCUCGAGGAGCAGCAGAGGCUGGUCUACUGGCUGGAGGUGGCCCUGGAGCGGCAGCGCCUGGAGAUGGACCGCCAGCUGACCCUGCAGCAGAAGGAGCACGAGCAGAACAUCCAGCUCCUCCUCCAGCAGAGUCGAGACCACCUUGGUGAAGGGUUAGCAGACAGCAAGAGGCAGUAUGAGACCAGGAUUCAAGCUCUGGAGAAGGAGCUGGGCCGCCACAUGUGGAUAAACCAGGAACUGAAACAGAAGCUCAGCAGUGUGAAUGCCGCCAGCCAGAGCAGGGGUGGGGAGAAGAGGACCCCGUGCCUGGAGAACAGACAGCCCCCUGGAAAUGAAGAUGAGCUCCACCCAAUGCCUGAGCUUUGGCAGUCCCCACUUGCUGAGGGUGUCCCCCGCGCCCGGGAGGAGAUGCGGGACUUGGUCAACGCCCCGUUACCAUUGACAUGGAAACGCUCGAGCCUGUGUGGCGAGGAGCAGGGUUCUUCUGAGGAGCUGCAGCAGCGGGAGGCCACUGAGUCCCUGGUGGGGCGGGUGCUCCCUGUGGGUGAGGUGGGGCUGCCCUGGAACCUCGGGCCCUUGUCCAAGCCCCGGCGGGAACUGCGGAGAGCCAGCCCAGGGAUGAUCGACGUCAGGAGAAACCCACUGUAGGCUCCUGGGCAGAGCCGCCUGGAGGGAGAGUCCGAGCCUGCUGAAGGUGCCGGGGCCU